AUGGAUCAGUGGUGGGGUGGCAAAGGCGGCCAGGGCCAGGGCUGGGGCGCCGGCAGCUGGAAGGGAGCUGCGUGGAAGGGUGCGCAGCCAAAGCACCAGGGCAGAUCGACAACAUCGACCCUCAGAGGCGGCAUCAUUCAAAGGUUGGACCAGGACUUGCUGCACACCAGGGGCGACAUUCAGCAGCUGCGUACAGACAAGGAGCAGCUCACGGCGGAGAAGAACAGCCUCGUGAUAGAGAAGAACCAGCUUCAAGCCGAGAAGGACGCAGCUCUUAGCAGGGCGACAGUGGCCGAGAAAAUGCUUGAGACGAUCCAGAACGAGAAACAGGAAAUGGUGGACAAGCAUUCGGCCGAGACAGCGAAGGCCUCGACCAUGCUGACGGAGGUCAAUGCUGCCUGGCAAAGGGACACCAAGCAGUGGGAGGAACGGCUCAAGACGACAAAGCGCAUGCUGGAGGAGUCCGAAAAGUCCAACAAGAAGCUGAAGGCAAACCAGGACUCGGAAUACAGUUUGCGGGAGAAGCUGCGAGGCGAGCGAGACUCCUACAAGGACAAGAGCGAUCGGCUGGAAAAAGCUCUGGAGACAGAGCAGCGUGAUCGCAAGAUUGCCAGCUCCAAGUUGCAGGAUGUGGAGAAGGAGAACGGCAAGCUGAAGAAGCGCUUGAGUAGGCUAGAGUCGCAGCUAGAGAAGAAAGCCUGA